AUGGCCAAUCAGCGGGAGCAGGUGGGCGGGGCUAGGCGCUGCGCUGAGGCCGCCGCGGGGUGUGGGCGCGGCGCCUCUGCUCCGCGGCGGGGGGGGGACACCAUCUUCGCUGUGUCGUCGGGGCAGGGCCGGUGCGCGGUGGCCGUGAUCCGCACCAGCGGCCCGGGCAGCUGCGGGGCCCUGCGCUGCCUCACCGGGCGGCGGGAGCCACCCCCACCCCGCCUGCUGGCCCUGCGCCGCAUCCGCGACCCCGCCACCGCCGAGACCCUUGACCGCGGCCUCGUCGUCUGGUUCCCAGGUCCCCACAGCUUCACCGGGGAGGACUGUGCCGAGCUGCACGUGCACGGGGGGCCGGCGGUGGUGAGCGGGGUGCUGCGGGCACUGGGGCGCUUGCCUGGGCUGCGUCCCGCCGAGCCAGGGGAGUUCACGCGCCGAGCCUUCCGCCGUGGGAAGCUGGACCUGACGGCGGUCGAGGGGCUGGGGGACCUGAUCCGGGCGGAGACAGAGGCGCAGCGGCGGCAGGCACUGCGGCAGAUGGAGGGUGAGCUGGGCCGGCUCUACCAGCGCUGGAGCGAGACCCUCACCCAGGCUCUCGCCCACCUUGAAGCCUACAUUGACUUCAGCGAGGAUGACAAUGUGGAGGAAGAGGUCUUGUCCCAAGUGGAUGCCACCGUGCGGGCGCUGGAGCAGGAGAUCGGUGCCCACCUGCAGGAUGGGCGGCGUGGGGAGCUGCUCCGGGGGGGGUCCACACUGUCAUUGCCGGCCCCCCCCAACGUGGGCAAGAGCAGCCUGCUCAACCUGCUGUGCCAGCGUCCAGCAGCCAUUGUGUCGCCGGUGGCAGGGACGACGCGGGACGUGGUGGAGGUGGCCCUGAACGUUGGUGGUUACCCACUGGUGCUGAGCGACACGGCCGGGCUCCGUGAUGCUACCGACCCUGUCGAGCAGGAAGGGGUCAGCCGUGCACGGGACCGGCUGCAGCAAGCAGACCUGGUGCUGGCUGUGCUGGAUGCCACGGCGGUGCCCACUGAGCCGGCCGCCUUGGGGGCUGCCCUGGGGUCCCUGCUGCCCCCCCACCUCCACUCCUGCAUCCUGGUGCUCAACAAGGCUGACCUGCUACGGGGGGGCCAGGGGGCCCUGCAUGACGCCUGUACCCGGGGGGACACCUUGCCCCCCACCAUCCUCUUCUCCUGCAAGACGGGCGAGGGGCUCGAUCACCUCCUGGAGCUGCUGGCACGGCAGCUGGCACAGCUGUGCGGGGACCCCCUGGCAGGCUCGCCCAGCCUGACGCAGAGCCGGCACAGCCUCCACCUGGGUGACUGCGUGGCGGCACUGGUGCGGUAUGGCCGGGAGCGCCGGUGGGACCUGGGGCUGGCGGCCGAGCAGCUGCGGUUGGCGCGGCGGCAUCUGGGUCGCAUCACCGGCCACGUGGGUGCCGAGGACGUCCUCGACAUCAUCUUCAGGGACUUUUGUGUUGGCAAGUGAGGGGGGCAGCGGGGGUCCCCCCGACUGCCAGUGUUGAGGACCGUGGGCAGGGGAGCUCUUGGCUCCAUGCUGGUAUUAAACCGUGGUGCCUUUGGCAGCUCUGGUGUCGUUCCCCUUCCCUGGUCCCCAGUGCCGUGGGGCUUGGUGUCCCUGUGCUGGGCUGUAGUGUUUUCCUAGCCGGAGGGAUCGUGACCUGAGCCCCAGACAUGGAAAAAAACACUGGGAGCGGCCCUGUUUCCUGGCCAGGAGGACAAACAAGGAGCUGGAGCAACUGGAAGGGAAAAGUCACCCUGACCUCCCCCUGGGGCAUCCCCCUCCACACCGUGGAGUGGGGGAUGUGGGGCUCAGCGUGUUGGCGGGGCUUAUCCUUGCACCCACAGCCGUAG